AUGCACCUUAUAUUUCCUCUCAUAUCAAUCAUCUCCGCUCUCAACUUCAGACGAUCUCCAAAGGCAUAUCUUCAGCGCCUCAAGGAACUUGCUGAUGCUCUUACUGCAAGUGUUGCGCCUAUUGACGAUGCUGAUCUCGUUUAUCACACUCUUCAUGGUCUCCCUGAUGAAUUCGAGCCGUUGUUGACUCUAUUGAAGUGUGUGCUGAUCCAUGCUUCAUGUCUAGAGGAAGCUCUAGCUAUCUUUUGUUUUGUUUUGAGUAUUUAUUCUCUAUGCUUCACGCCUAAGCUUCAAUCUUUGGCUUCUUGGGUUCUUUUACCUGUAGCUCCAGUAACCGGUCGCUGUCUAGUGGCUCCUGUGAGAGCUCAGAGGUCUUCCUCCGUCUGCGUUCGGUCUUCUCUGGACACUAAUGUUUCUGACAUGGGUGUAAAUGCUCCAAAAGGGUUGUUUCCAGCUGAACCUGAACACUACCGAGGUCCCAAGCUCAAAGUGGCUAUAAUUGGAGCUGGGCUUGCAGGCAUGUCAAAAGCAUUUGAGCUUUUGGAUCAAUGCCACGAGGUGGAUAUAUAUGAGUCAAGGCCUUUCAUUGGUGGAAAAGUGGGAUCCUAUGUUGAUAAACGUUGA